GUGAAAUCCUGUUUCAAUUCUUGUCUAUCAACAUCUUUUUAAUUCAACCAUACGUGUGAGGGGAUGCUGUGGGACUUACGAAUUCGUGAGGAUAUGUUUUCUGUAUGAAAAUGAAUGUUAUUACCGAAUAAAACCGUAAGCAUUACAAUAUACGAUUAACGUCUGCAUGUAAGAGGUUACUCUGUUUAAUGUAGACUGGCCCAGACGUUUUUAGACGGGUGAAAAGCGGUAACAAACCGGCGGGAGCAAAAGCUGCGUUUGACAGGUGCCAACGCUCGAGCUCUGUGUGGGAGGGAUGCCGCCCGUGCAGAGAACGAUGUCGGAUCUCCGAUCUCGAGUGGAGGGGUACGAAAAGACAGAAGACACUGCAACCUCAGAAAAGACCUCCUUAGCUGACCAAGAAGACGCCCGAUUGAUAUUCCUCAAUCAGCCACAGUUUACCAAGUUCUGCAGCAAUCACGUCAGCACUGCGAAAUAUAAUGUCCUUACCUUCCUGCCUCGGUUCCUCUACUCUCAGUUCAGAAGGGCUGCCAACUCUUUCUUCCUAUUCAUCGCUCUCCUACAGCAAAUUCCGGAUGUGUCGCCAACGGGUCGCUGGACCACGCUGGUUCCCCUGCUCUUCAUUUUGGUGGUGGCAGCAGUCAAGGAAUUCAUCGAGGACCUGAAACGUCACAAUGCUGACAGCAUCGUCAAUAAAAAAGAAUGUCAAGUACUGAGGAACGGCGCCUGGGAGAUUGUGCAUUGGGAGAAGGUGGGCGUCGGGGAGGUUGUGAGAGCUGCCAAUGGGGAUCACCUCCCGGCCGACCUCGUCAUUCUGUCAUCCAGUGAGCCCCAAGGCAUGUGCUACAUUGAGACAUCAAACCUGGAUGGUGAAACAAACCUCAAGAUCCGACAGGGACUGCAAAUUACCUCAGAGAUAAAGGAUAUUGACAGCCUCAUGCGUCUCUCCGGCCGAAUGGAAUGUGAGAGCCCCAACCGCCAUCUGUAUGAGUUUGUGGGGAACAUCCGUCUGGACAGACACAGCACAGUGCCUCUGGGUCCGGACCAGAUUCUGCUGCGAGGUGCCCAAUUAAGGAACACUCAAUGGGUCCAUGGCAUCGUGGUCUACACUGGACAUGACACCAAGCUCAUGCAGAAUUCUACACGGCCGCCUCUGAAACUUUCCAACGUGGAGCGCAUCACAAACUUUCAGAUUCUGGUGCUGUUUGGCUGUCUGUUGGCCAUCUCUUUGGUGUGCUCCAUUGGACAAACCAUCUGGAAGUACCAGUACGGCAAUGCAGCCUGGUAUAUGGACUUGAACUCUCCAGAUGGUGGUGCUGCAAACUUUUUCCUCAACUUCCUGACCUUCAUCAUCCUCUUCAACAACCUGAUCCCCAUCAGUCUGCUGGUUACAUUGGAGGUCAUCAAGUUCACCCAGGCCUUCUUCAUCAACUGGGAUACCGACAUGCUGUAUGAGCCAACUAACACCCCAGCUGUGGCUCGCACUUCCAACUUGAAUGAAGAACUGGGACAGGUGAAGUACAUCUUUUCUGACAAGACGGGAACCUUGACCUGCAACGUGAUGCAGUUCAAGAAGUGCACCAUCGCCGGUGUGACAUACGGCCACGUCCCUGAGGCGGAGGAUGGUAGUUUUGCGGAGGACGACUGCCACAGCAUACAGUCAUCAUCUGAAGAGGCCGGAUUUAUUGACCCCAGCUUGCUGGAAAACCUCCAAAGUAAUCAUCCCACGGCUCCUGUCAUUCUGGACUUUAUGACCAUGUUGGCCAUCUGUCACACAGCGGUCCCCGAGCGCACCAACGACAAGAUCGUAUACCAGGCUGCCUCACCAGACGAAGGGGCCCUGGUGAGAGCAGCUGCGAACCUAGGCUUUGUGUUCUCUGGUAGAACCCCUGACAGUGUCAUAAUAAAAGCGCUGGGAGGCGAAGAGAAGUAUGAACUCCUCCACGUUUUAGAGUUCACCAGCACCAGAAAGAGGAUGUCAGUCAUUAUGCGCACUCCAUCUGGGAAGAUCCGCCUCUACUGCAAAGGCGCUGACACUGUUAUCUACGACCGUCUGGCCGACAGCUCCCGGUACAAAGAGAUCACACUCAAACACCUGGAGCAGUUUGCCACUGAAGGGCUGCGGACCCUGUGCUUGGCCGUGGCUGAGAUCAGUGAGUCAUCCUACCAGCAGUGGCUAGAGGUUUUCCACCGAGCGUCCAUCUCCCUCCAGAAUCGAGCCCUCAAACUGGAGGAAAGCUACGAACUCAUAGAGAAGAACCUGCAGCUUUUAGGGGCCACAGCCAUUGAGGACAAGCUCCAAGACAAGGUGCCCGAAACCAUUGAGACACUGAUGAAGGCCGACAUCAAGAUAUGGAUUCUGACCGGGGACAAGCAGGAAACAGCCAUUAACAUCGGACACUCGUGCAAGCUCCUGACCAAGAACAUGGGCAUGCUAGUAAUCAACGAAGAUACACUGGACGCUACCAGGGAGACACUCAGCCAUCACUGUGGAAUGCUAGGAGACGCCCUUUACAAGGAGAAUGAUUUUGCCCUAAUCAUUGAUGGGAAGACGCUCAAAUACGCCCUUUCUUUUGGAGCACGGCAGUACUUCCUUGACCUGGCCUUGUCCUGUAAAGCAGUGAUAUGUUGCAGGGUGUCUCCACUUCAGAAGUCUGAGGUGGUGGAGAUGGUAAAGAAGCAGGUGAAGGUGAUCACGCUGGCCAUCGGCGACGGUGCCAAUGAUGUAGGCAUGAUCCAGACGGCUCAUGUGGGGGUUGGAAUCUCAGGAAAUGAGGGUUUGCAAGCCGCCAACUCCUCUGACUACUCAAUCGCACAGUUCAAGUACUUAAAGAAUCUAUUGCUGGUCCAUGGCGCCUGGAAUUACAACCGUGUAGCAAAGUGUAUUCUGUACUGCUUCUACAAGAAUAUCGUCCUGUACAUCAUUGAGAUCUGGUUUGCCUUUGUCAAUGGAUUCUCAGGUCAGAUUCUGUUUGAGCGCUGGUGCAUCGGCCUGUACAAUGUGAUCUUCACUGCUCUGCCUCCUCUUACUUUGGGCAUAUUUGAGCGAUCAUGUCGGAAAGAGAACAUGCUGAAAUACCCGGAACUCUACAAAACCUCUCAGAAUGCCAUGGGCUUCAACACCAAGGUCUUUUGGGCCCAUUGUCUGAACGGACUCUUCCACUCGGUGAUCCUCUUCUGGGUCCCGCUCAAAGCCUUCCAGCAUGAUACAGUCUUUGGCAAUGGAAAGACCCCGGAUUAUCUCCUGUUAGGCAACAUGGUUUACACAUUUGUGGUCAUCACGGUGUGCCUCAAAGCCGGACUGGAGACCUCAUCAUGGACCAUGUUCAGUCACAUUGCCAUCUGGGGCAGCAUCGGCCUGUGGGUGGUGUUCUUCGGUAUCUACUCCUCCCUCUGGCCGCUUAUCCCUCUGGCUCCGGACAUGUCUGGCGAGGCGGACAUGAUGUUCUGUUCUGGUGUGUUUUGGACUGGGCUGAUCUUCAUCCCUAUCACCUCCCUGGUCUUUGAUGUUGCCUACAAAGUUGUAAAAAGGGUAUGCUUUAAGACCCUGGUGGAUGAGGUGCAGGAGCUAGAAGCCUUGUCUAAAGACCCUGGAGCUGUGGUGCAUGGGAAGAGUCUGACGGAGAGGGCUCAGCUGCUGAAGAAUGUCUUCAAGAAGAGCACAGUCAGUCUUUACCGAUCAGAUUCCAUGCAGCAGAACCUGCUCCAUGGCUAUGCCUUUUCUCAGGACGAGAACGGGGUGGUCUCGCAGUCAGAGGUCAUCCGGGCAUACGACACCACCAAACAGCGGACCAGCGAGUGGUGAAACGCUGUUUCCGGCCGCCAAUUCAACCCAGUCCAGAACGUUUUCCGGACAAACCUAGCCCCUUAUUCCUCUGGAUUUUUCUGACAGAAUAAUGAAAAGGAAAGAGGGAUGUCUUGUACUUCAAAAAGGGAGAGUAAAAAACAGGAACAAAUGUGUUGGAAAGUAUUCACUAUGCUGUAGUUGUGUCCAGCAGACAUCAGCAUUGUCUUGUUUUUUUGGUUAGUUUUUUUGCCAAGUCUGUGAUCUGAAGUUUAUCAUUGUUCUAGCUCAGUCCAAUGGAAUGGUGUCACCUCUUAAUGUCAAUUUUAAUAAAGUGUACCGUUGUAAAAUUGGUGACAAUUCACUUCUUUUAAUUGAAAUAUAUAGUUUCUUUUCAUUUUGUGCUUGUAAAUGCAGACUGCCACAGAGCAGUUGACAUUUCUGUCAAUUAGGCUUUAGCUUCAAUGGAAUAAUUCUCAACAAGGCAUAUGUCUAUUCCAUCACUGAAUGGACCACUUCAGACCAGACUUCUUUUUUUAAUUUUGCACAUAUGAUCUUCUGUAAAAUAAGGCCUUACAUUUGUUCAUGCCUUCAGCCAUACUUGUUUAUCUUUAAAAUGUUUUUCUUUAUUUAAGUGGUGCAUAGUUAUUGUGUGUGAAUUGCUUUUUUUUUUCAUGACAUCAUCCUGCAACUUAGUCAAAUUUCCAAAAAACUAUUCACACAGCAGUUCAAUUGCUCUUAACAAGUAAUUUCAUUCCACACAUUACUCGGCUGCAACAAUCACAAUGGUGCCUAACUAGACUUUAUCCCUGAUAAAAAACGGAAGGUAUUUUAGCUAGCUAUAUUAGAACAGUGCUCUAGCACCCAGAUUGGUAAGGUGAGCUCAUUGUUUUACCCCUGUAUUGUAAUUGUGUUCACACUGUGGUAACAAUUGUGGCACAUAUAGUAUAAAAAUCUAGGUUCCAUUGUUACUUUCUACCAAGUGUUUGAACGGAAAGUUCAUCUUUGGAACAUAAGUGCCAUUAGCUUAAGGGAGAUAUAACAUUUGCCAGGAAAUUUCACACAGUAUCGAAAACGUCUUUGUCUCUAUAGUUAUUUUGUGAAUUUGUAUUUUUAUAUUGGAGAAGGAAUUUUGCAUCGACCGGCUUUGUAAUGAAUUGUCUGUAUUAUUUUUUUGUAUGUGUUUAUUUUUUCUUCUCAAACAAACAAAAGAAUGCUAAAAGGAUAGAAUGACUAAAUAGCUUUCUUAAUGUCUCGUUGUUAUUAUUAAUAUUGUUAUGCUUAAUUUAUUUACUCUGUGUUUGUUCUCUCCCUAUGGGAGAUCAGUUUCCAGACCGAGUGUGUGUGUGUGUGUGUGCGCUUUAAUUUGUUGUCUGCAUGUGCACGUGUGCGUAUAUGUGUGUGUAACCUCUUCUUUGUGGGCUACUUAUACGUACGCAUGUCUGUGUCCUUUGUGCCAGACUGGGAGCCCUUGGAAUCUCAGGUCUCCUUUGUGUGUUUGUGUGGGCCCAUGUGUGUGUAUGCAUGUGUGUAACAGGGUCUGUGGGGCGAUUGAUUGAUUGAUUGUGUAUGUGUGUGUGUGUGUGUGGAGCCGCUUGCUCUUUGUCUCUCUCGUUGUCUGCACGACUCCAGGUAUAUUGAUAGUGUACUGUCUGCAGCUGCAUGGCCCUCUGUGUGAGGCCAGACUUUAGGCUCAGCCCCGGGAGGUCCUGGGCUCCCACACUAAGGCUCUUGCUUCACAGGAGAUGUCUCACAAUGCACUCUUUCCAGUUGUGGAUAUGUUGGUAUUAUCUGGUUAUUGGUUUCAGUGUAUCUAUCUGGGUGUACAUGUUUGUAACAUGUUAUUUUUUUGUUAUAUUAUGCCGUGUAUCUCUAAAGUAAACCUUUAUAUGUUUUCCUAGUUUUAGCGUAUUGGUGGAAAACAAUGUAUUAGUUAUACUAUGCUUUUGUGCUUCAAACUGGGUUAGUUGUCAACUGCUGUUACAAUUCCAAAAUGCUGAAUGUGAGUCUGAUGAGAAAGCAGUCCAGGAAGGCUUGAACUGUUGCCUUUUUCAGAAGAUUACCGUUGUCUGUGAAAGAUGUAGGCUGCAUGAAUGGAUUUGAAAACAUUUGGUUUAGUGUUUUGUCUUACUACUUUAAUUGGUCUCUUUAAAGUGUUGGUCACUUUACAGGGGGAAAAAAUGCACUUUUCAGUUUGUUUCAAUAUCUCCUUUUCACAUCUGUUGUUUAAUGAAUGUUCUGCAUGUUGGGACUGCAAACUUUUAGAUGUUCUGUCUUUUACUGCCAUAAAGGACUUCUACUGAAAUAAACUUUGCAGACAUGGAAA